CCCGCUCAAAGAUGGGGAAGCUCCAUUUCACAGCGACCAGGUUCAGAUCGAGUCCAUUUUCCAGGAGCUGUCAAUUCCAAAUUCACGUCUAAGAUAUCAUUCCUUCAAGCCUCCGACUUACCAUCGAUCCCAACAUACCGGGUUAUGAACUCGGAUGGCCAGUUGGUUGAUAAGACGAGGGCUCCGCCUGAUAUUUCGGAUGAAGAGGUUCUAACAUGGUAUAAGAAUAUGUUGACAGUGAGUGUUAUGGACGUGGUUAUGUUUGAAGCGCAAAGACAAGGGCGUCUGAGCUUUUAUAUGGUCUCUGCGGGCGAAGAGGGCAUUGCGGUCGGUUCUGCUGCAGCGUUGAUCCCAGACGAUGUAGUUUUUGCCCAAUACCGCGAAGCGGGUGUUUUCCAGCAACGAGGCUUUACACUGAAAAACUUUAUGAGUCAGCUCUUCGCCAAUUGCAAUGAUACAGGUCAAGGGAGAAACAUGCCAGUGCACUAUGGCCAAAAGUACCCACGUAUACAUACUAUUUCAUCCCCACUGGCAACCCAGAUCCCACAGGCAGCUGGGGCGGCUUAUGCCUUGAAGCUUCAAGAUCUACAUAACCCUAAUCAACCACGCCGCAUAGUCGCCUGCUACUUCGGCGAGGGCGCAGCCAGCGAAGGUGAUUUCCACGCAGCGCUUAACAUUGCAGCGACUCGGUCAUGCCCUGUUGUAUUCAUAUGCCGGAAUAACGGGUUCGCAAUCUCCACUCCGACUCUUGAGCAGUAUCGCGGCGAUGGAAUUGCUAGUCGAGGUGUCGGGUAUGGCAUCGAUACCAUCAGAGUAGAUGGUAAUGACGUCUUUGCUGUCAACGAGGCCAUGAAGGAGGCUCGACGACUGGCAUUGAGUGAGGGCGGGAAACCAGUUCUUAUAGAGGCGAUGAGUUAUCGUGUCUCGCAUCAUAGUACCAGCGACGAUAGCUUUGCAUAUCGGGCCAGAGUGGAGGUAGAGGAUUGGAAGCGUCGGGAUAACCCUAUUAUUCGGCUGCGCAAGUGGCUUGAGAAUAAGGGAUUGUGGAACGAGGACCGCGAGAAAGAAACGAGGGAUACGCUGCGUAAAGCUGUUCUGGAUGAGUUCAGCAAGGCGGAGGUCGAGAAGAAGCCGCCUCUCCGAUCUGCUUUUACUGAUGUCUAUGAGGAUAUUACUGAGGAGGCGGCGGAGCAUAUGAAGGAAUUGAGGCGUAUUCUUGACACAUACCCAGAUGAGUAUGAUUUGCAAACAUAUAAAGAUGGAAUAAAUGGGUUGGAUUAG